UCUUGCCACUUCGAUCUAAUUCUUAUUCUUAUAUGAGAUUUUGCAUUUGCCCAAAUCCAAUUCAAUAGCACCCCAAAGACCAUUUUUUUUUCAUUUCUCUGUACUUGGUUGUCAGUUGUCACCAGAGCUACUCGCUCUCUUUUGAGGGUUCCUUUCAAUUCUAGGGUUUUAGUAAAAAACCCAUAAUUUUGGUUGUUUGAUUGACAGUUUCUAUGGAGACGGAGACACUAGACGAUAGCAAACCGGUGGAGGAGGCUGCUGCUCCAGUUAACGAUAAAGAGGGCGCUAAACAAGAGAAAGAAAAAGAGGAGAAAGACGUUUCUCGGGAAAGUGAGGAAAAGAAGGAAGUUGAGGAGACUAUGGAGGAAGAUGAAAAGGAAGACGAAGAAGAAAAGGAAGGUACUAAAGAGGCCAAAGGUAGUAGUCGAAAGCGAAGAUCUAGGAAACUCAAACGAUAUUCAUCGGAGAAUAAAGAGUCUGUGACACCGAGUAGUGACAGGCCGACAAGGGAAAGGAAAGUCGUUGAAAGAUACUCGGUUACAUCUGUUUCCAGGUCUUCCACUCCCAAACCUUUGUCAAUUGAAAAGGGUCCUGGUACACAGCUUAAAGAUCUACCAAAUGUGGUUUUCAAGGUUUCGAAGAGAAAAUUUGAUGAUAAUCUGCAGAUGCUUCAUAUGAUACUCUUUGGAAAGAAAGCAAAGCCACAAAGAUUGAAGAGAAACAUUAGCCAAUUUUCUGGCUAUGUUUGGGGACAGAAUGAGGUAUUUUCUUUAAUUUUUUGAAAGUUGGUUAUUUCAUUUUUAUU